AUGCUGCAUUUAAGUAAGGGUGACUUUGUAUGGGUGGACUCUGGUGCCGGGGUCCCGCUCGGGGCCGAGGUGAAAGUAACCGACACCGGGCAGCUUCAGCUGAUCGAUGAUGAAGGAAAGGAGCACAAGAUCAACAAGAAGAGCGAGGGCAGCAUCCGACCCAUGCACCCCACCUCUGUGAAGGGUGUGGAUGACAUGAUAAGACUCGGCGAUCUGAACGAGGCUGGACUCCUCAGGAACCUCCUGGUGCGGCACAAAGAGGGCCUCAUCUAUACCUACACAGGCUCCAUUCUGGUUGCAGUGAACCCUUACCAGCUGCUGCCAAUCUACACCAUCGAGCAUGUGCACAUGUACACAGACCGACGGCUGGGAGAAAUGCCGCCGCACGUCUUCGCCAUCGCAGACAGCUGCUUCUUCAACAUGCGGCGCAACAAAAAGAACCAGUGCUGUGUCAUCAGUGGUGAAUCAGGAGCAGGAAAAACCGAGAGCACCAAACUGAUGCUGCAGUUCCUGGCUGCGGUGAGCGGUCAGCACUCCUCGAUAGAGCAGCAGACUCUUGAGGCAAACCCCAUCUUAGAAGCCUUUGGUAAUGCCAAAACCGUUCGCAAUGACAACUCCAGUCGAUUCGGAAAGUACAUAGACAUCUACUUCACCAAAGGCGGGGCCAUUGAAGCGGCCCGUGUGGAGCAGUACCUGCUGGAGAAGUCCAGAGUUUGCCGUCAGGCGCCUCAGGAGAGAAACUACCACAUCUUUUACUACAUGCUGAUGGGGAUGCCAGCAGAGCAGAAAAAGAUUCUCUCCCUUGGAAGCGCUGCUGAGUACAAGUAUCUGACCAUGGGUAACUGCACCAGCUGUGAAGGGCGUGAUGAUGUGAACGAGUUUGCUCACUUCCGAUCAGCUCUGAAGAUCCUCAUGUUCACAGAGAAUGACUCCUGGGAAAUCUGCAAACUGCUUGCAGCCAUUCUUCACCUGGGCAAUGUGGAAUUUGAGGGCACCAUCGUAAACAACCUGGAGGGCUGUGAGAUCAGCAAAUCCUCCCAUUUAGACAUGGCUUGCCAGCUUUUGGAGGUGGAUCCCAAAGCGCUGGACAAGAGUCUGACUCAGCGCUCCUUCAUGACCGCCAGGGAAAGUGUGAUCAAAGGCCUGAACUCUGAUCAGGCUGUGGAUGGCAGGGAUGCCUUUGUCAAAGCUAUAUAUGGAAAACUUUUCAUUUGGGUGGUGGGCAAAAUUAACGCUGCCAUUUACAAGCCACCUGAAGAGGAGAAUGUGGUUCGACAGUCAAUAGGCCUUCUUGACAUCUUUGGCUUUGAGAACUUCACCAAAAACAGCUUUGAGCAGCUGUGCAUCAACUUUGCCAACGAGCAGCUGCAACAGUUCUUCGUCAAGCACGUUUUCAAGCUUGAGCAGGAUGAGUACGCCCGUGAAGGCAUCGUUUGGAAGCACAUUGACUACCAAGACAACCAGCGCACCCUGGAUGUGUUGGCCAUCAAACCUCUGAACAUGCUGUCACUCAUUGAUGAGGAGAGCAACUUCCCCAAGGGCACAGAUACCACCAUGCUCCAAAAGAUGAAUCAGCUUCAUGGGAAAGGAGACAUCUACAUUCCCCCGAAGAACAACUAUGAGACACAAUUUGGAAUCCAGCAUUUUGCUGGUGUGGUCUACUAUGACUCGCAAGGUUUCCUUGAGAAAAACCGCGACACCCUCAGCUUGGACCUGAUCCAGCUGGUGGAGACCUCCACCAACAAACUCCUCAAGCAGGCGUUUCAAAAUGAGCUGUCCACCAGCUCUAAUACGAUCAAGAGCACUGUCAACCCCAAGAUGAUCAUUACCACCACGCCCAAGAACAGCCUCCGGCAAGCGUCCGACACUAAAAAGCAUUCACCAACUCUGGUCGGCCAGUUCCGUCAGUCUCUGGAUUCCCUGAUGAAAACACUGACUGCGUGCCAGCCUUAUUUCAUACGCUGCAUUAAACCCAACGACUUCAAGAAGCCCAUGCUGUUUGACAGGGAGCUUUGCUUGCGCCAGCUCCGCUACUCCGGUAUGAUGGAGACCAUCCGUAUCAGGAAAGCCGGAUAUCCUGUUCGCUACACUUUUGAUGAGUUUCUAAGUCGCUACCGAGCCCUCCUGAAGAGUUCCGUUUGUGAUCCCAGCAUUGAAAGCAAAGAGAAAUGCUGUGAAAGCAUUUGUGAAAGAGUGCUUUCUGGAAAAGAAGACGACUGGAAGACUGGCAAGACAAAGAUAUUCCUCAAGGACUUCCACGACACGAUGCUUGAGCUGGAGCGAAUAAAAGAACUAAACCAGAAGGCACUCAUGAUCCAGAAAGUCAUGAGAGGCUACAAAUACAGGAGAGAAUUCCUGAGGAAAAAGGCCGCCGCGCUCAUGAUUCAGAAAUGCUGGAGAGGGCACAAAGGCAGGAAGUUGUACAAAGUGGUCCAGCUGGGCUUUGCAAGGCUGCAGGCACAAGUUCGCUCUCGUCAGCUCCACUUCCAGUACAAAAAGAAGAGGGAGGCAGCUCUCGUGCUGCAGACCCAAGUCAGAGGAUACCUGGCCAGGAAGGACUGGAAGCGCAAGAGAGACGCCGUGAUCCUGCUGCAGGCCCAAACCAGGGGGGUGUUGGCAAGGAAGGCUCUCAAAAAGAUGAAAAGAGAUAUGUACCUCUCUGCUAAAGAGAAGGAAGAAGAACAGCGGCUCCUUUUACAGAGACAGAAACACUUGGAGGAAGUGUUGAGGCAGAAGAGAGAACAGGAAGCCCAAGCACAGUCUGAGUCCAUCACAGCCGAGGAGAUGGUCGACGAUAUGUUUGGCUUCCUGCCCCAAAUUGUUGGAGGGCAGGAGGGGCAAGCACCUGUGGGAUUUGAGAAUCUUGAGGGGAAAAAGAGAAUUUUUGAGGAGAUAGACAUCGAUGAUCUGCCCAUGGAGGAAGAUCUUCCCGACGAAGACUACGAUGACCUGGAUGAGUACUCCUUCUCCAAGUUUGCCUCCAUGUACUUCCAGGGUGCAGCCAGCUCCACCUAUAUCCGUCAGAGGCUUCUAUCGCCCCUGCUCUACCACGAGGAUGAAGGAGAUGUUCUGGCGUCAUUGACAGUGUGGUGGAUCAUUCUGAGGUUCAUGGGAGACCUCCCUGAGCCAAAGAGACACGUCAAUGUUCAGGCACCUUCCAGACAGGAACGAUUUAUGCCGCAGGAACUGAUCUCCAGAAAGGACAGGCGUUUCAGCAACAUGGUGGGCCUGGAUCAGAGGAUGCUCAGGAGUAAAAAAGACAGGGCGCCUUCUAUCGUACCUGAGGAGCCAGCACAAGGCCGAAAGACCUCCAUUUUCACAGACAUUCUGGCAAGAAACAGGAAAACUUCUGUCAUGCCCAGUGAGACAGUUCAAAACCCUAAAGCAUACACUGUGCCAGAAGAUAACCCUCGAGCAAGGAAGGGAUCCACAUUCACCGACCUUCUGACCAGAAAUAGAAAAACAUCCUCUGUUCCAGAAAAUGGAAUUCCAAGAUCCAUUUCAAACCAGAGGAAGCCCUCGAUCAUCAUGGAGGAGUCUGAUGAUCUGUCUGAAGUUUCCAAGCCUCCCACCCUGCAGACUGUGCAGGAAAAUGCUGAUGUUAUGGUUGGAGAGGGACCCACCCUGGACAGGCCCCUGACAUCUCUUGAAAAACUCCACAUCAUUGUGGGAUAUGCCAUUGUCAGACGUGACCUCAGGGAUGAGAUUUACUGUCAAAUCUGUAAGCAGCUUCAGGAUAAUAAAUAUCGCAACAGCUACUUCCGUGGUUGGAUCUUGCUGUCACUCUGUUUGGGUGUUUUUCCUCCAAGUGAGCGCUUUCAAAAGUACCUCCAAAGUUUCAUCCGCUCUGCUCCAGGCGGCUAUUCUUCCUACUGUGCUAACAGGCUACGGCGCACCAUGUUGAACGGGAUGCGAGGGGAACCUCCAGCCUGGCUGGAGCUGCAGGCAACCAAGACACUAAAGCCCAUGAUUGUGACUGUGACGCUAUUGGAUCGCCGCUCCAUUAAUAUUCCUGUUGACUCAGCGACUACAUCCAAAGAGAUCUGCCAGCAGCUCGCCAACAAGGUCAAACUCACAGACACCUUUGGCUUCUCGCUCUAUGUCGCCUUGUAUGAAAAGGUUUGGGCUCUGGGCAGCGGUCGGGAGCACGUGAUGGACGCCAUCUCCCAGUGUGAGCAGGAAGUGAAGAGGAGAGGCGGCCAGGAGCAGCAUGCUCCCUGGCGCCUCCUCCUCCGUAAGGAGGUCUUCACACCCUGGCACAACUGCAUGGAAGACAAGACCAGCACUGACCUCAUCUACAGGCAGAUCAUCCACGGCCUGAAGUUUGGAGAGUACCAGACUCAAAAGGAGGAUGAUCUGGUUCAACUCGCUGCACAACAUCUGUACAUUCAGCACGGCUCAGACAGCCGUCCAGAGAAAGUGAGAGAGGCUGUGCAGGAUUGCAUCAAUAACUCUCUGCUGGAGGCCAAGUCAGAGGAGAAGUGGAUACAAAUGAUCAGCACAGCUCACUCUGAGGGUCUAUUUCUGAGUUCAAGAGAAAAGGCAGAUUCCGUGAAGGCGCAGAUGGUCGACUACGCUCGAGAGAAGUGGCCCAUAUUCUUCUCCAGGUUCUUCGAGGUCACCAAACUGUCAGGUCCAGUGCAAAAGAGUAAAUUCAUUGUGGCCAUAAACUGGACUGGCAUCACAUUCCUGGAUGAGAAAGAGAAGAGGCUACUGGAACUCUCCUUCCCAGAAGUCACUGCAGUCAACACCGUAAGGGAGGGUAAAUCAUCGGACUUGACUGUGAGUCUGCUGACACUGAAAGGAGACUUCACUCUGACCGGACCCACAGUUGGGGACAUGGCUGAGCUGAUUACCAUGUUCCUCAGUGGGCUGAGGGAGCGUUCCCAGUAUGCUGUGGCUGUGAAGGACGUCGACAGGCAAGAUGACCCCAUGUUCCUCAGCUUCAAGAAAGGAGAGCUCAUUAUACUUAUCAAAGACGAUGAGUUCGCUGAGCAGAGAGGCUGGGUAAAGGGCCGAAAGGAGAACUUUAAACACACAGGAGCCGUCCCCGUUGAGGCCAUCGUAAUCCUGCCAACGCUCAACAAACCCUCCAAUGAGGUCAUGAGCCUCCUCAACCUGUCUCCAAACCAGAGGAAGACAAUCCUGCAGGCAACCCAGAAAGAAACAGGCACAAUGGAGAGAAUGGCCCCAGUCACGCUCAAAGAAUACUCUCUCCAGUAUUUCAGGCAGCCCACUAAGGAUGUGAACCGUCAGGUGAUUUCUAGGAACGCUGCUCCAGAGAGGCUGUGGAUGAGCUCCAGAGAGCCAAUCAGACAGCCACUCCACAAGAAGCUGGUGGGCAACUCAGAGCUCAGCCCCAAAGCCUGUCAGGCCUUCACUGCCAUCCUCAAGUAUAUGGGAGAUUACCCCACCAAGCAGAUGCAGAGUCAUCUCGAGCUCACCGACCAGAUCUUUGGCUCUGCCACUCAACACGAGGCGCUCCAAGAUGAGAUCUAUUGCCAGAUCAUGAAGCAGAUGACCAACAAUAACAACCGGUUCAGCAUGGAUCAGGGCUGGCAGCUGCUGUGGCUCUGCUGUGGCCUGUUUCCUCCCAGUCAGCCUCUUGUGAAACACACUCAGCGAUUUCUGGAAUCGCGGCGCAGAGCACCCAUCGCCUCUGACUGUCUGCAGCGACUGCAGAGCUCUCUGAGGAUGGAGCCCAGGAAGUUCCCACCUCACGCGGUGGAGGUGGAUGCCAUCCAACAGAACAGCACCCAGAUCUUCCACAAAAUCCACUUCCCCAACGACACAGAUGAGAUAUUUGAGGUGUCGACCAGCACCAAGAUCAAGGAUCUCAUCCAGAACAUUUCCAAGAAGCUCCACUUGGCUUCAGCAGACGGCUUCAGCAUUUUUGUCAAAACACAUGACACGGUUCUCAGUUUGAAUGACACGGACUACUUCUUCGACAGUCUGAGACAAAUCACAGACUGGUCCAAGAAAGCCAGGAGGAUUAAAGAUGGUGGGCCAGUGAACAUAUCCUACCUUGUGUUCUUCAUGAGGAAGUUGUGGUUCAAUGUGAACCCUGGCAGAGACACAGUGGCUGACCUUAUGUUCCAUUUCCCUCAGGAGCUACCUAAGUACCUGAGAGGCUACCAUGUUUGCACCAGAGAGGACCUGAUCAACAUCGCAGCUAUCCUCUUCAGGGUGAAGGUCGGCAGUGACAAGAGCCAGUUCGUCAUGAUUCCCAAGAUGUUGAAGGAGCUGGUGCCUGUUGACCUACUGAAGGCCAUGUCUGAAAACGAGUGGAAGAAGACCAUCGCUGCCUCUUACAACAAACAAGCUAGUAUGACUUCUGAAGAAGCUAAGGUGGCGUUUCUGAAGGCGGUUUGUCGCUGGCUGACGUUCGGCUGUGCUUUCUUUGAAGUGAAGCAAACAUCAGAGCAAAGUAUGCCAGAUAUUGUGCGAAUAGCCAUCAGCAAGCAAGGAGUCACAGUCAUCAACCCCAAAAACAAGGAAAUUUUAGUAACUCAUCCAUUCAACCGCAUCGCUAACUGGUGCAGUGGAAGCACCUACUUUCACAUGACUGUUGGCAGCCUAGUGAGAGGAAACAAAUUUCUGUGUGAAACUUCACUGGGUUACAAGAUGGACGAUCUUAUAACCUCCUAUGUCAACAUGUACAGCAGAGAGAGGAGGGCCAUGCAAACCAGGAACCAGCGCUUUGAAAUGUGA